AUGAACGCAACGAGUAGCGAGUAUGUGGAAGAAAUAAAAGAAAAUGGGAAUAAUUCGGAUUGCUUUUAUGAUCCGCCAUUUGUCACCGAGAGAUUUUGGUUGGUGGGUGUUGCGGGCACAACAGUGGCAAUCAUUAGCUUCAUCGAGAACGCUUUUCUUUUCUAUGUGUUGAUGAAGAGUGCAUACAUUCCGUUGAUGAGUUUGGAAUCUUUUCGC